AUGAUGAAGGUAUGGAGAUGGUACCAGAGAUGCUUGAUCGUACAUCCAGUGAAGACUCAGGUCAUAAGCUCCGGCUUUCUCUGGGGAUUCGGCGAUGUCACCGCUCAAUACAUCACUCAUUCCACUCCCAAACCUCCUCCUCUUCGUCUCACAGACACAAGUAAAGAGGCGGAUGCAGAAUUCAAGGUCAGCUGGAAGCGAGUAGCUAUCACAAGCAUGUUCGGGCUUGGUUUUGUUGGACCUGUUGGCCACUUCUGGUACGAAGGCUUGGAUAAAUUCAUAAAACUGAAGCUUAGAUAUGUACCAAAGUCAACACGUUUUGUGGCAGCCAAAGUUGCAAUGGAUGGUCUUAUCUUUGGUCCCAUAGAUUUACUUGUAUUCUUUACAUACAUGGGGUACGCGGCGUACCCUCUAGCUCUUGAAGGCGGAGCUUGGCCACUUCUUCAGAUCGCAAACUUCAGAUACGUUCCCGUGCAGUACCAGCUGCUUUACGUCAACAUAUUUUGCUUAAUAGACAGCUCUUUUCUCUCUUGGGUCGAGCAACAGAAGGAUGCAGCUUGGAAGCCGUGGUUUACUACUUCGUUUCUUAAGCUUAAAGAACGAGGUGGCACUGGUGGAGUAUGA